UUUAACUCGAAAUUAUACAAAUCCUAAAUAGUAACCUGAAUUAAGAAAUCACUUACUGGGACGAAAGAAUCUUUUUGGCGGAGGCCCACACACUUCUUCAGUUUCUGCGUUCUCGAUUGCUACUGGCACAAGCUACUCGUUCGCUCAUCUCUUGUGAAAAGGAUCUUUACAAGAUGAGCUCUGUUCACAACAAAUCGGACGAUGAGUACUCAGUCGUUGGUGACAAGGGCGACAUUGGGUUCAUUGACUUCGACAACUGCAGGUCUGUCUGCAACUACAACCCGUCUGAAGAAAGUGAAAUAGUCAACAUCUCUGUCCCAUUCCCUCUGUUCAAUGGGAAACCUCAGUCGGGAUUCGUGGGCGAGACCAUCUCUGACUCGGUCAUCAUAAAGAACAUAAGCGGCGAGCCACUCGACCUCUGGUCCGUCAGCAUUUACGACUCGAAGCCCGAAAACGCCUUCAAGAUUUCUCUAAUGGAGCCUCCGACUGCAAAAUCCGACGAGCAGUACAUCCAAGAUUUUGUCGAGUCAUUUUCCUUAGAGGAUAAGGUGAUUAGAGCUGAUCGGGAUUUGAAAAUCUGGCUUUCGUGUAAGCCUGAGGAGAUAGGGCUGUACUCGGCGGCCGUGCAUUUCAGUGUGGGGGAUGAGACUAUCGAGCGGCUGGUGUUCGUGCUUGCGGAGGAUAAAAUCUCAAAGUCUUUGACUUCGAACAAGCCUUACCAUAGGUCACGGAGAAAGAAACAGGACGUGGUGAAUGUGAACGGUGAUGGGUAUGUGAGGGGCCGUCGGCCUUCGAAAGGUACGUAUAACGGUGGCGGAUAUAAGAGACGGCUGGAUGAUUACCCGAUUCCCGAGCAUAUUCGUGAGAUGUUAAGUAAUCAGCAGACGCCAGAUGAGGUUAGUGAUGGUUUGAGUGAGAGUAACUAUGGCUUGUUCUUCAAGACACUUCUUGCUAUGGAGGAGGUGAAAUUGGAGGAAGACAUGAGGGCGUAUGACAUGGAGUGCGUCACUUUGAAAAGAAAAUGGAACCAGUUUUUGUCUCUUGAAGUACCAGGACUGGCCGAGAAACGUCCUUCGCUUGUUAGUGGGGAUUCUAUAUACGUGAAGCUUGCUAGCGAAGUUCAAGAUGCGACUGUUGUUGCUGCAUAUCAGGGCUUCAUCCACCGCGUAGAAGCUGAGGAAGUCUACCUGAAAUUCGACCCGAAAUUCCACAACACCCACCGCGACACUAACCUCUACAACGUGCAGUUCACCUACAACCGCACCAACAUGCGCCGCCUCUACCAAGCUGUCGAGUCCGCCGAAUCCCUCCCCAAAAAGUUCCUCUUCCCUUACGGCCCCCCAAAGCCAAACCUCGUGGGCCCCCCCAAACCCUUUGUCCCCAUCUCAUCCACCCUCAACGAAGAACAAACGAGCGCCAUCGAAAUGAUACUCUCACGCAAAAACGGGCCCCCGUAUUUGAUCCACGGCCCGCCCGGAACGGGCAAAACCAUGACCCUAAUCGAGGCCAUCCUCCAAAUCUACCAAUCACAAAAAAACGCGCGUGUCCUCGUCUGCGCGCCUUCCAACAGCGCGGCCGACCACAUUCUUGAACGACUCCUCGUCGUCGGCCAAAACUCGGUCGAGAUAAAAAAAGACGAGAUUUUCAGGCUCAACGCCUUGACGCGCCCCCUCGACGACAUGGUACCCGGCCAAAUCGAGUUCUGCUUCGUGGAGGAUUCGGCUUUCAAGUGCCCGUCCAGGUGGGACCUCGCGAAGUACAGGAUAAUUAUCUCCACUUACAUGAGCGCUUCGCUCCUUUACUCGGAGGGCGUUCGCCGGGGACACUUUUCUUACUUUUUCAUGGACGAGGCGGGCCAGGCCUCCGAGCCCGAGACAAUGGUCCCUCUCUCAAACCUCUAUUCGAAAGAAAGCGUCGUUGUCCUUGCUGGCGACCCGAUGCAGCUGGGGCCAGUCGUGUUCUCUAGAGACGCUGAGUCGUGCGGGCUCGGAACUUCGUACUUGGAAAGGCUCUUUGGCUGUGGGCCCUACGAAGGUGGGGACGGGAGUUUCAUAACUAGGCUGGUACGGAAUUACCGAACACAUGAGGCGAUUUUGAGGCUUCCGUCCGAGCUUUUUUACGAUGGGGAGCUGAAAGCGUGCAAGGAGGAGGAGGAAGGGAAGGGUAUUUUCGACUCGUGGGAAGAUAUUUUUCCGAAUAAGGAUUUCCCGCUGAUUUUCAUGGGUAUUCAGGGGUGUGACGAGAGGGAAGGGAGUAAUCCGUCGUGGUUCAACAGGAUCGAGGCUAGCAAGGUUGUUGAGAUUAUUCGGGUUUUGAUCGAGAGUAAGGGUUUGGCCGAGGGUGAUAUUGGGGUCAUAACGCCUUACAGACAGCAGGUGUGUAAGAUAAGGGGGGCGCUCGAAGGGCUCGACUGGUUUGGGAUUAAGGUCGGGAGUGUGGAGCAGUUUCAGGGGCAGGAGAAGCAGGUGAUUAUUAUAUCUACGGUUCGUUCGACUAUAAAGCAUAAUGAGUUUGAUAAGGUUCAUUAUCUGGGGUUCUUGAGCAAUCCAAGGAGGUUCAAUGUUGCGAUUACACGGGCUAAGUCUUUGCUUGUGGUUAUUGGGAACCCGCACAUACUGUGUAAGGAUCCAAACUGGAACAAUCUCUUAUGGUACUGUGUGGAAAACGGCUCCUAUAAAGGCUGCUUCCUUCCAGAGAAGGAGAUCUUCAGUGCUGAUGAACCUGUGGGCUUAGGUCCGACUGAUGGACAAUACUAUACGGGCUAUGAUGGGGAGAAUAAUUUUCAGUCUUCGAAUGGGAAUUGGGAUGAUACAGGAGAUGGCUGGCAGAUGCCUGAUGCUGAACAUAAUAAUAACCAGAGCUAUGACGUGAAGAACGAUUUUCAGCCAUCCCAAGUGAAAUGGGAUGAGGAAGGAGAUAAAUGGAAGAUUUCUGAAGGUGAUUGGUGUCUGGACGAACAUAUUAAUAAUAAUAAUGAGACCUGUGGUGUGGAGAAUGAUGGGAAAAGGGAUGAGGAAGGGGAUAAAUGGAAGAAUUCUGAAGAACAUAAUAGUAACAAUCAGCCAUGUGGUGCACCGUUAGACAAAGAAGAAGACGAUUUUCAACCAACGGACAUCCCGUGGGAGUGAAAACUUGUCUGCUAAUGCGGUGAAAGUAGAAACUGCCUCCGACUAUAUAGUUAUAUGUCAUUUUAGAGUGUUUUGUUUUUUUGAAAUUGUGCAUGUAUGUGUACAUUUGUAUUUAUAUAUGCAUGCAAACUUGUUCUCAAAAUCUUGAGGAGUUACAUUUGUGGGAAACAAAUGAGAUAAAGACGAAAAGAAAAGGCGGUGAUUUGAUUCUUACAAAUGAUAGGUGCAUUCAGUGUAACUUUUACAAAACCAUUGUUGUAUGAUUUGAAGUGCGGAGACAGUUAGGGAAAUGUGAAAGUGUUAGUGUAUAUUGGG